UAGAACCCUCUCUUGUUUCAGAUGGAUUUCCUUCAUAGGAGUGGAGUUCUCAUUAUUCAGCAUUUGCAAAAUGACUACCGGACUUACUAUAAUUUCCUAAAUUUUAUGUCCAAUGUUGGAGACCCCCGGAAUAGUUUUUCUAUUUAUUUUCCACUGUGGUUUCAACUUAAUCACACAGUUGGAACCAAGAUGAUAUGGGUAGCGGUCAUUGGGGACUGGUUCAAUCUUAUAUUUAAAUGGAUAUUAUUUGGUCAUCGGCCUUACUGGUGGAUCCAAGAAACUCAUAUUUACCCGAAUCACUCAAGUCCAUGCCUUGAACAGUUUCCCACUACAUGUGAGACGGGACCAGGAAGUCCAUCUGGUCAUGCAAUGGGCUCUUCAUGUGUCUGGUACGUCAUGGUAACGGCUGCCCUGAGCCACACUGUCAGUUGGCUGGAUAAGUUCUCUAUCACUCUGCACAGACUGACCUGGUCAUUUCUUUGGAGUCUUUUUUGGUUGAUUCAAAUCAGUGUCUGCAUCUCCAGAGUAUUCAUAGCGACACAUUUUCCUCAUCAAGUUAUUCUUGGAGUAAUCGGUGGCAUGCUAGUGGCAGAGGCUUUUGAACAUACUCCAGGCAUCCAAACUGCCAGCCUCAGCACAUACCUGAAGACCAACCUCUUCCUCUUCCUGUUUGCCUAUGGCUUUUACCUGCUUCUCAGAUUGCUUGACAUUGACCUGCUGUGGUCUGUGCCCAUAGCCAAAAAGUGGUGUGCCAACCCUGACUGGAUCCACAUUGACACCACCCCUUUUGCUGGACUCGUGAGAAACCUUGGUGUCCUUUUCGGCUUGGGCUUUGCCAUCAAUUCAGAGAUGUUCCUUAUGAGCUGCAAAGGGGAAAAUGGCUACAAGCUGAACUUCCGGUUGCUCUGCACCAUGACCUCAUUAACUACACUGCAGCUCUACCAUUUCAUCAAGAUUCCAACUCACAAAGAGCAUUUAUUUUAUGUGCUGUCUUUCUGUAAAAGUGCAUCCAUCCCACUGACUGUGGUGGCUCUGGUUCCCUACUGUAUUCAUAUGUUUAUGAAACCCAGUGAAAAGAAGAUGAAAUAGAGUUAUGCGGAGAGUCAAUGCUCUGUGGUCACAGGAUCACCCUUCUCCCCCCACUAGUAGAACCACAAAACAAGGAGAAGCUGUUGAAGGUUUCAUAAAGGGUGGUACAGGGCCCAUCCCACCCUUAUAUACAUUUACUUUGGCCUUCACAGUGGGUUUUGUUUGUUUUUGUUUUCUAAUUCAUUGUCAACAUUUAAAAACCAAAAUAUUUAACAUAAAAAUCUGAAUAUCUGAAAAUGGGUAAUAUGAUAAUACAUUCCCAUCUGGAGACUGGAGUUGACUAAUUGUACCCAAUAGGCAAAGGCCAUCUAUAUGAUCACAGUCACAGCACCCCAACGGGGGCCCCAGCAUUGGAUACUUUUCUCAUUUUAAGGCCUCCUGUCAGCAUUGUAGUAGGGACCCCAGUCAAAUAUAAUCCCCUUAGUUGUCAGAUAAGGAAAUGGAGAUCCAUUCAGGUAAGGAAAUUCUUCAAGUCUUCUGAUCCACAUUUAUACGGCAGUGUUUUGUUUCUUCAUUAACAAGAGGUAAAAAUUAGUAAGAGUGAAUGCUUUGGGGCCUGCCUCUUAGUGUAGUGAUUGAGUGCUGUGUGGAGGGAGUUGGUUUCCACAUGGCUGACCAUGGUCUAAUCCUGAUCUCUGAGGACUGCAGAACAAGCCAGGUAUAAAUGGAUAUAUGCCCCAAAUCCUGACGGUGUGGAGAAAUGGAGGAAAGGGAUUGCAGUGUGACAAUGGCCC